GAGUAAAACUUAGAUUUUCUCAAUUUAGCAACGGCACCAUGAAAGAAAAGCUGUUGAAACGUUUUUUCAAAAGAUAUCUUGCGAAUGUUAUGAGGCACAUCUGUGAAUCAAAUUAGGACUUCCGACAACAUGGUCUGGAACGUGGCCCCCACCUCUGGCCUUCGCCUGCUGCCGUGCCUUUUACAUUUCGACUUUCGACAGAUUUCCUUAAAGCUACUAUUUUUGAAGCAUCAGUCGAAGUGUGCCAUUCGGAGUGCUCUCAGCUUGACAAUGGUAGGGAAGCCUCAAGCUCCAGUUGGCGUUAAGCCGGCCGACGAUGUGAAUCGGCUUGAGAGGCAAGCUGCUGAAAGUGAAUCCAUUCUGAAAGAAGUGAAAGAGCAGGUCGUUGCACUGGGGCGUAUUCUUGCUGAGAAGGAGAUUCAGAGACUGAAGGAAGAGAAUGAGGCUUUGAAACAGCAAGUGAAGGCGAUGAAAGGGAAAGUAGGAUCUGAACUAGGUAUUGGGCCUUUACCUGCUGCUGUGUUGAAAACAUCAACAGAUGAAAACACCAAAACACCCCCAGCUAAGCAGCAGGUAGAUACACCCCAGAGUACCAAAACUCCUACUGCCCCAAAGGCUACAACAGGGGAGCGAUCUGGUGGGGAUGAGAAAAAGAAGAAAAAAGAGAAGAAACAAGAGAUUGAUAAAUCAGAGAAACCUCAGGAAGCAAAAGUCUCAGCUGAAGAUGAUGUCCAUGUUGGGCUUCUUGAUCUGCGCAUUGGGAAAAUUGUACGCGUUGAAAAGCAUCCAGAUGCUGAUUCUUUAUAUGUGGAAUCCAUAGAUGUUGGAGAAGAGAAACCAAGAACUGUUGUUAGUGGUCUUGUAAGAUUCGUUCCUAUUGAGGAAAUGGCUAAUCGGAUGGUGGUGGUUCUUUGCAACCUCAAGCCAGCUAAGAUGAGAGGAAUCACUUCAGAAGCCAUGGUGAUGUGUGCCUCAACACCUGAAAAGGUGGAAAUCUUGACACCUCCAGAUGGGUCCAAACCUGGUCAAAAAGUCAUUUUCAAAGGUUAUAACUGCUGUCCACCUUCUGUCUUGAAUCCCAAGAAAAAGAUUUUCGAGCAGGUUGCUCCUGAUUUGAAGACAGAUUCUUCCUGCAUUGCCACUUACAAAGGGGUUCCAUUUGAAGUUGAGGGUUUAGGUCUAGUCAAGGCUCCGUCAUUGACUGGUGUCAACAUCAAGAUUGACUCAAUUUCCCCUUACUCCAAUGUCACUGGGAAGGACAUCGUGCUGCCUGGAGGAGGGGGGCUGGAGAAACCAGCAGCUGGAUCAGAGGAUCUCUUGAUGCAACAACUCAAGUCUGCUAAGAAUUUCAGCAGGAUCAUGGGGCUUGCUGCACAGCACUACUCUGUCAUGAACAACCAGCAUUUGCUCCUUACAUUUCAGCAGCUUGCUAAUCUCAAGCGAGAUGGACAGCUGCCAUCCACUGGCAGUGAGUUGAUGACCCAGGACUCAUUCGUCCAGCUCUGCACGAAGUUGAACAAGAGGGCCCGCUUUUAUCAAGUGCAGGAUGUUCUCACCUUGAUCAAGUGCAUGAGUUUUUUGGGUGUCCCAACUCGUACUACCAUCAUGCAGGGUCUUCUCAAAUUGCUCAGCCACCAAGUGAAUGAACUCACCCUGUCUGAAGUAGCAUUUGCAAGCCUGCUACUAGAGAGGCUCGGCAGGAGUCCUCUGGUCGAUGCCCUCAGACUGGCUCUUCCAAUUGUGUUCCAAUCACAAGCAGAUUACCAGUUAGACUCUGACAAUUGUGCAGAAUUAGCAAGGUAUCUUCAAUUCAUCUCUCAGAGUAACAUGUCCAGUGAUGUGUUCGAGCGAACAGUGCUGAGACUCCUACGGUGCCAGGAAGAAAUGGAACCUGAAACAGCAAGCCAUGUUCAUCCACCCUUCCUGCACUACAUAACUUCACUGAUCAUCUCAGAAAAUGAAAAGAAAUCAGUGCCAUUCUCACAUGUUCUCACUGCUGUGAGGGCAUUGUCUGGAGCCUGUGAACGACCCCAUGAUCUAGAAAGACUUUUUAAAAUUUUUAUGGAUUCCUUCCAUGCUGCUCAGGAGAAUGAAGAGAAGGACCUGGCAAGCUAUCCCUGGAUCAAGGUAAACUGUGAUGUUGCAGCCUUAGGGUUCUCCUCAGAUGUCCUCAUUUCAAGAGCCUUCUCCCCUACAUCUCUUAAUCUCCUCACAAGAGAGAAGGAUCCUCUGAGGCAUUUUGAAUUGCUAACACUCUGGAGGGCAGUGAAAUGCUUUCGCAGUGAAUACAACGGUCCGCUUCCAGAUGAAAACCUCCUCUCUGCAUCUCAAAACAUCCUGAAGAAGUAUGAUGGAGAAUUUCCCCUCAAGGGGGCUAUUGAAAGUGCCAUGGGUGGUCCUUCCUAUGUCUGUACCAAGGUGUUCACACAGCAUGGUUUCCUGAUUGAUCAUGUGGUGGUGAUGAGAAAAGGGGAUUAUCCAGUGAGCAUUACAAGUGCAACUCAGGACACAAAGAAGUCAGGUACUUCUUAUCCUGAGAGUUUGGAUGAUAUUAUUCUGCCUCUGGAUGGGAAAAUGGUUGCCCUUUUGGUGCUGAAGCCAAAUCAAAUGGCUCGAAAUAUUGAGAGGAUGAAAGGCAUCACAUCACUGAUGAUACAACUUCUGGAAAAAGAGGGACUGGUUGUUGUUCCUGUUUCCCUUCAUGCCUUUUCUCAGCUUCUAGAUUAUGAGAAGAUUCCAUAUCUCAUGCAGAAAAUAAGGGAUCACUGUGCUUCACACAAUUCUGUUGCUAAAGAGGAAGAAGUCAAGAUGGGGAAGAAUCAGAAGCAAGAGCUGGCUCCAUGCAAUGAUCAUGGUCCUCUGAUCUCAGCACCAUGGCCCAUAGGAUGUAGUCAACCAGAGAUGAAUGAUGACCUCAAAGAUGACUCAAUCAUCCAAUUGAGGACAAGAGAAGGCACAUAUCGUGGGAAGCUGCUUUCCAAAUCACCCAAGCGGAUCACUUUAGGCAAGGUGGUGGUCCUGCCAUCACGGAAGGAGAUACCAGGCCUUCAGACCUUUCUCAAGUCUGAUAUUCUAUUGUUAACGGAGUGCAAUGCCAAGGAUGAUCAGGAACCAGAUGCCGUGAGGCAGUCUUCAAAUGCUAUUACAUCUAAUGACGAUGUGGAUUGGAUGAUUAUAACUGACUGUGAUGAUGUCUAUAUAUCAGCAAUUGAUUACUUGAGCAAGCAAGAUGAGAUUGGAAUUUCGUUGGAGGGACACAUACGAUGUCGGAGUGACAAAGCUCAGCUUUUUGCUGUUGCAACUUCAGAUCACCUCUUCCUGUUUGACAUUGGGAUAUUGGGAAUUGAUGCAUUUCUGAAUGGACUGAAGGGAAUCCUGGAAAAUGUGGGGAUCAUCAAGGUUUUGCAUGAUUCCAGACAAGCAUCUGAUUACCUCCUUCACUCCUAUGGAGUGACUAUGAAGAAUGUCUUUGACACUCAGGUGCAAAUAAAUGCUGAUGGAUGGGAACAGCGACCACUGCAAUCUGUGAUUAUUGACCAAGCUGUUACAAAAUCAAGGUACCUGUUAGAUCUGAAACAGUACCUCCUCAAUGCAUUGUUGGAACCCCUUCUUAAGGUCAGUGCACAAGCACUUGGUUCUUCAAUGGAGCAGGACACUGUGCACUCUGUCUAAUUGGAGUUUUUUUUCUGACUAUCUUGUUAAGGAAUCAAUUUCUCAUUGUUAUCAAUGCAUUUUUUAGUUUGAAGUGCUGCA